AUGAAAUUUGAGGAUCUCUUGCUGGAAAUUGGGGGCUUUGGCAGAUUCCAGAUUUUGAUUUUGGCUAUCCUCUGCCUCGCAAGGAUCAACCUUCCCAUGCAUUUCCUGCUGCACAAUUUUCUCGCUGCCACCCCCUUUCAUCACUGUGCAAUUCCACACCGAGAGGCAUUUGUGAACCUCACCAGGGAGGAAGUUCUGCUCAUCAGCAUCCCUCAGAAGCCUGAUGGCACUUUCAGCUCCUGUGAGAUGUUCUCACAGCCUCAGUUCCACCUGCUGCUCAACUCCUCUCUGCAGCCAGAGAACAAAUCCAUCAUCCAGCCCUGCCAGCACGGAUGGGUCUAUGACCACUCUCAGUUCACCUCCACCAUCUCCACCCAGUGGGACCUCGUGUGUGAGCAGCGUGGGCUGAACCAGGCGACAGCAACCUUCUUCUUCAUCGGCGUCACCGUGGGGGCCAUGGUGUUCGGGGACCUCUCCGACAGGUUUGGAAGGAAGGCCAUGCUGCAGCUGUCCCUGCUGUGCUCCCUGGUUUUUGGGAUGCUGAGCGCCGCCUCCGUGUCCUACACGAUGCUGGCCGUCACACGGACCCUCACUGGGGUGGCCCUGAGUGGCCUGUCCCUGAUUGUCCUGCCUCUGGGGAUGGAGUGGGUGGAUGUCCAGCACCGCACCUUCACCGGGAUCCUGAGCAGCAUCUUCUGGAGCGUGGGGAACAUGCUGCUGGCCCUGGCAGCCUACCUGGUGAGGGAGUGGCACUGGCUGCUGGUGGCUGUGACAGCUCCCUGCCUCCUGAGCAUCGUCUGCCUGUGGUGGGUCCCAGAGUCUGCCAGGUGGCUCAUAGCCAAGGGCAAAGUGAAGCAAGCCCACAGGCACCUGCUCAGAUGUGCAAGAAUGAAUGGAAGGAAAGACUUUGCUGUCUCACCAGAGGCCCUCACAAGGAUGGCAACAGACAAAAACAUGGGAGGGAGUUACUCCUACAUCAGCUUGUUCAGGACCCCAGUCCUGAGGAAGAUCUCUGUGUGUUCUGGUGUGGUGUGGUUCGGUGUUGCCUUCUCUUACUACGGCUUGAGCAUGAACCUGACUGGCUUUGGGCUCAGCAUCUAUCUCUCCCAGUUUGUCUUUGGUGUCAUUGAGAUUCCUGCCAAGAUGGCCAUGUACGUGCUGGUGAACCGAAUCGGCCGGCGGCAGAGCCAGGCAUGGACGCUCAUCCUGGCCGGGGUCUGCAUAGGAGCCAACAUCCUCAUUCCCAAGUCCUUCAGCUCCCUGCGUUCAGUAGUGGCCGUUUUGGGCAAGGGUUGCUCAGAAGCUGCCUUCACCACCGUCUUCCUGUACACCUCAGAGCUCUACCCCACCAUUCUGAGGCAGAACGGGAUGGGGUACACGUCGUUCCUGGCGCGCCUGGGAGGGGCACUGGCCCCGCUGGUGUUCCUGCUGGACGAGGUGUGGCGGUCCCUGCCCGAGGUGACAUACUGCGCCGUGGCCGUGUGCAGCGGCGCCACGGCCUUCCUGCUCCCGGAGACGCUCAACACACGCCUGCCCGAGGGCAUCGAGGACGUGGAGAAGCCACAGUGA